GAAUGUAAAGUCCUUAUUGUUGUGAAAUCGAAGUGCUGAAUCAUCUAAAAUGGCGGGGCUAGUUCGUCCUCGCUGAGUCAUCAAGUAACGGUGACUGAAUCGACCAAUCAGCGGGAAGACGCGAGGCGCAAAAUACGCAACAAUCCGAGUAUUGCCGAGUUGAUGAAAUCAGUCGUGGAAACAAAUAGUGGAUUAAUUGUCUUCAAAGUAAUUGUUUUGUGAUUCUGGAACUAUACUGGUUUUCUAGGAAAGUAAAGGAUACAGAAUAUUCAAUAUUGAUAGAGGGAAACAGUCACAAUGAGUAAAAAGAUUUUCUUAUCACAAUGCAAGUCAGAGGCGCGGGCCAUGAGGAUGUCAGCCCAGAUAUCAGACGAUGAACUUGUUGCUAUGACAGUGAAAGAACUGAACAAAUUGUUGAAAGGAUUGCCAAGAGAUGAAACCAUCAAGCUGAAACAGCGUCGUCGCACAUUGAAAAAUCGGGGUUAUGCUGCCAACUGCAGAGAAAAGCGCAUGAGCCAGAAGGAAGAGUUGGAAACUGAGAAAGAACGACUCAGAGCAGAGGUGCAUAGAUUACAGAGAGAAAAUGAUGUGGUCAAGAUGGAACUUACUUCCUUGAAAAACAAAUAUGAUGCUCUGCAACGAUUCGCUGAAGUCAACAGAAUCAAAGUUUUGACCCCUCCCAUGUUUCUGACCCCGCCUCACUUUGGUCACAGAGAUUCGAUCAUUGUGAAGUCAGAGCCAUCACAGGCAUAGUGGAAUUGAUCCACAGAGUACGGAAUGUGCUGCACAAACUUACAUGCCCUCAUUUUUGGACUCCAUCAAUGCAGUUUUAUGAAACAAUAUUGCCAAAAACAAUGAAAAAUUUUAAAACAUCACACAUCACAUAAAACUACAGGAGGGGCAAGAAACAUUCUUUUGCUCGAGUUAUGUCUGUGGGAUAGUUCAAGAUAGACAAGACGAAUGCUGCAGUGGACAGAUACACAUAUUGUGUUCAGUUACAUACUCUAUAUACCAGAUAAAUUCUGGUGCAAGAAAUAUACAUUGUUGUCUGUAUGUAUGUAAUACAUGUAUAUAUACAUUGGAACCAAUAUCAAAAUACUAGUUUUGAUGGUCUUUUCUUGACGGUUUGACAUUUGUCAAUAACAAAAUAUGGUGCUUCUUUCCAGUCACGUCAUAGUAUCUCCAUUGACAUAAUCAUAUCAUUUGUUAACAACUUAUUUUGCUGAAAUUACAUACAUAUACAAUGUAUACUUAUCUAAAUAUGGUUGUGUCUUCAAUUUUACCCGACUUUUAUGUUGUGCUGAAUCUUCUUUGUAUUAUGAGCCUUGUUUUUUUUUCCUCUUUUGAACAUGGGAGACUUUUAGAAAUCCGUCUUAAUUACUGGGUUAUGUCAGCAGCAUCAUGUUUAUUUAUUGUUCAGACAUUUAUCUUAUCACACUGUAAGUGUUUGAAAUUAUGUAUUAACUUCUAUUUUUGAAAGAUUACAUGCUCCCAUUUCAAAACUUUCAUUCAAGUCUUUAAUUUCAUGAACAGCUUAAAAAUUGGGGUUUAAUGUUUGGACAUGAACUGGAAUAAUUUUCUAUUCUGUCUUGAGAAAGAUUGUUAAUGUAUUUUAUUCAUCCACAUUUAUCUGUAAUCAUUCCAUGCUGUUUUACAAAGCACAAGAAAUGUUGUGUACAAUAAUGGAUCUAAAAGAAAUUUAUGUAUCUUUAAAUUUAUGUACUUGAAAAGUUCAACAUGUGAAUGAAAUGGUUCCACUUGGAUGAUCUGACAAUUAUGCAGGAAUUUCUGACACGUUUGAAAUUUACAUUAAUGGAGAGUAUUCUAGACACAGGUGAACUACUUAAAGCCAACUUGCUCACUUUAGAUUUUUUUUUUCAUUCAAAUUAAAUACAUUGGAAACAUCCAAAAUAAAAAGCAAUUCAAAUUUAACAAAAUGUAAAAGCAUUUCAAAAUCAUGUAAGAUAAUAUGUGCCAAAUAUUAAUGUAUUCAGAAUGUAGUGAAAUUGAGGGUAUAUAUAGUUUCAGAAUCAUCCAAGUUAAUCACAUUUAAUUAGGUCAUGCAGGGUAAGGUAGAUUUGUAUACACAUUUUCAUCUAUGGUCACAUGCUGGGGAAAUAUAUGAUCAAGUCAGACUUUCUCACAGACAAUUAAAUGCCCUUCACAUUACAUAAAAUAAAUACAAAUUUAUUGCACAUUCUGGCAUUAUGAAAGUAAUGACAAACCUUAAACAGGUAAUUAUGUUUUUUUUUUUAGAAGGGGGUCAAAAUGUUUGUUUUUUAAAUAAUCUUUCAAGUGGAAAAUCAGUUGUGAUGAUAUGCUACUAUUGGGAUGAGACCUACUUUUUGAUUGAGAAUUGAAACACAAACAGAAAGUAGGGGAAAGGUUGACCAGUUUUUAUUUUUAGCUAAAUUCCAAAAGGAUUAUUUUUGGAAAGUGACUAAUUAUGGAAGUUAAAUAGUCAUUUAAGGUGUAAUCACAGUAGUCUGAAUAUUGUUGAAGUGCUAUAAAGAGAUCUAUGUAUUUCUUUUGUACAUAAUAUAUUAUACAGUAUAUUGAUGUUCAUUAUCAGAGUUCAUUCGAGCAUGAUAGUCUUAAAUGUUUAUAUUAAUCUUCCUUUGGAUCUCUUCAAUAGUUAUGUUGUCUUUAAUUUAUCGGAAUACUAACAAAGGUGUUUUAAAGCUCAUAAAAUGGGAUUUAAUUUGGCAUUUCUUCAGAAUAUUAUAAUUAGUUUAAUUAGAUUGGGUGAUAAGAUUCUUUUACCAAAUGAGUAUUUUAUGUGAAUAUUAAAAUGUACUUUUUGGAAUUUAUAAUGAACUGAUUGUCUUAUUUAACAAUUCAAUGAUGACUAACUUAACCCUUAAAAAUCCUAAAAUGUCACAGUUUUCACUGAGCAUUUGAAAUUUCACUAAUGAAUAUUUCAACAAAGAGUAAAUGAUGUUUAUUCUCAAAGAAAGCUUAUCUAUUGAGUUGAUCCAGAGGUUUUUAUUUGUUUGGAUUCCUCUAUUUUAUCUUCACUUCUUUGUUAUGAAUGAGUUUGAGGAUGACUUGUAAAGUUAUCAAAAUUUGUUAAUUUUACAACCAUCUUGUUGAUUGCCGUCCAUUUCUGUAAAUAAAUUUAUUGAUUUGUUUUUGUUUUGCAUAAGUUCAUUUACAUGUAUAGCAGUAUGUUUUUUCCCAUUAAGUAGUGCUAAAGGUGUACACUGUUCAAAAUGAUUUGUGAAGUCAUGCAUAUACUAAUGUACAACAUUGGGUGGAUCUGUAAUUGUUUAGAACUAAGUCUUAAGUUAGCUUUAUGCUAGUGGACUAUUACGAAAUAAUUUUAAAAGGUUUAUAUAAGUGAAAUGUUGAUGAAGUGGGCGUUAGCAAGCUAUCAGUGUGGUCUUAAACAUUUUUGUCUUUUAUUAGUGGGGUUUGGGAGGAUUGUCCAAGUAUGCGACCAGUCAUGCAGACUAACCCUAACCUUCCCAUCGCGUGAUAAUACGAUGUGUCCGUGAUCUAUUUAGGAAUUUAAUGAAUAGACAUGUAAGCUCUUGAUUUAAUUCUGCUACACAGGUCUGAGCAGGUAGAACUGAUAAAACUCACUUACAGGUGUCUUUGUCCAGAAACAAGGAAGUCCUAGAUGAUUUUUCUUAUCAAUGGGGGCCCCUGUUAUUAUGCAUGCAUAAAACUGUGACGCAUUUAUCAUCCUGACAGUUGUUGGAAAUAUGUAAAACAAACAGAUAUAAUUAUUUUGAUGAGAUAUUUCCUCGUAGCUAAGUAUUCAAGAUUUUGUGGACUUAUCUGGAAAAUGCCUCCAUAGACAGAAUUCAAAAAUACGUAGUUUAAAAUAUGACAUUUAAAUUCAGUGCUCCAAUUAAUUCUUUUCCUAUUCUAGCUUUUUUUCCCCAUUCUUUAAUGAGUUCGUUCAUACCUGUAUAGAUUUGGUGUGUGUAGCCGGGUCGAUAGACUUAUCAGAUGGGUGUAAUACUGUUCAGAUACGAAGAGUCCAUCCUCUUCGAAACAUCUACUGAAAACAAUUUUCAAGGGUUGUAGUAAUUGCCAUUGAAAUUUAUUCAAAAUUGCAAAUUGAAAGUACGUACAUUAGAAUGCUUUUGCCGUUUCAGCAUUUUAGGAGGUUGGUUGCGUACUAUUGAUAAAAGGGGGCUGGGUGAAUAGGAUAUGUAUCGUUUUAAUGAAUGUGUUCAUGGAACGUCGCGUCUGCUCGAAUGUCACCACUAACAUAGUUGAAUUCGUUUCAAAAACUGUGACGAAAAGUUCUAAAAUUCGAUCCACGCAAUGUAGUAAUGUACUCCUUCAACAUUAAAAUCUUUGUUUUGUCCAACUCGGAAGUUGCAACAACCUGAAAGUUAAUGAAAUUUUCUUUCCACUCUUAUGAUUCGUAUGAUUCUACCUCUUCGUCUGUUUUUAGAAUAUUUUACUUUCUAUGGAAAAAAGAAGUUUAUUUACUCUGAUUGUAACUUGAUCAUUUUGACAGUUAUUGUAUAUGCUGUUAAGGGUGUCAUGUAGUACGUGUCGACAACGAUGUGAAUCGCUUGUAUGUAUAACAUAUAUUGUUAUUUAUGUUGUGAUGAGGUUUGACAUUCCAGAAGGUACUAGUGCAUUGACACAUGUUUGGGAACAUUCUUCUGUCUUAUUUUUUUUAAAUCUAGAUAUGUUUAAGCGCUUUUUAUUUGUGAUUAUCUUUUGACUAUGGAUCCUGUCAGAGGGUAUUUUGUACCUUUUGACUGAUCUACCAUGACAGACGGGGAAGGUUUUGUCACACAAAGCAAAGAAAUCUCAACUUUGUACACAAUUAUGCACUUUAAUUUAAGAUCAAGAGGCAAAAUGUAGCUAAUAUGAAUUUUUGAAAAAGGGGGGGGGGGAUGAGUAUGAUGAAACAUUAAUGUCGUUGAGAGUUCUUUCUCCUGUUGAGCUGUUUGUUGCUUACUUUCUAACAAUGUUUUUAUCUUGGUGACCUCCUCAGUGGUCAUGUUAUGUAGUUUUGAUUGAUAUGUUAUUCCAAGACACUGGACAAACAAUGUGUACAAGUUCUCUAAUUGUUUUGACUCAUUUAUUGGAAUUUCUAUUUUUAUCCCCCAGAGAAAACUUUUUUUGGACUUGAAUUUCUCUUAGAAAUGAAACCUUGUCGUUUAUACUUGUGAAGUAAAGCAUGUUUGUCCUUUGUCUUGGGAAGGAUGUUGGUGCAAUAGGAUAUAUAGAAAGACGUGGUCAUUAGGCAGCUCUGUGUGUACCUAACUAGCCUGUCCUUGUCCAAUAUUUUUUAAUAAUCUCAAGAUUGACAAGUAGCUCUUGCUAUUUUAGAAUUUUGGGUUAAGAUACUUUCUUAUUCCAUUUCUUUUAUUAUUUAUGGUACAUUGUAAUGCUAGGUUUUUGUAUUUAAGUUUGAGAAAGUACUAUGUUGCUCUUGUUUCUACAAAACAAGUGUAGCAAGUUCGAUGUAAAUGAACAGAUAAUUUGAACAAAAUCCCUUGGAGAAAAAAAAUACCCCAAAAUAUUUGUUUGGUUUUUUUUAAUAACUUGAAUAAAAGAGGUCAUGUAAUUCUUGUUUCAAGUUCAAGGGAUUCUGUUAUUCAGUUGUAAAUAUAAUACCAUAACAAUUACACCUGAAUUCAUUGUAUCAUUUCAACGAAAUUUAAUGUGUACAAAACGAAAAGGAUCACUGUAAAUUGCUCUACAAACCACGUAAUAAAACAUUAAAAAGCUUUGA